AUGGAACAAUAUCCUGAUAUUAAAGGAACAAAUGAUUUCCUAGUGUCACCCGUAAUGCAAUCUGGGAUGAAAGAGGACGCUAAACGUGUCCAUGGCCUAUCUCGAACGAAAGAUUUGUUCACAUUUGAUGAGGGUUUAGCUGCCAAACAAGCACCCUUUAUGUCUGUUCGACCACUUGUUAGUGCUCUACAAGCGUUAGAGCCAACAGGAGAAGUGAAUGUCGAUGAGGAUGAGCCCUCGAGUCCUGAUCCCGACCACAUCAAAGCUCUUAUUGAAGAUGCUAUUGUACUCCUUGGCAAUGCACAUUGUUGCCUUAACAGCUGGCGACAACAACGUUUCGCUGAGUACUUAACUGAUGUUGGAAAGCAUACGCUGAAAGAUCACAUUCCAGCUGACAAGCAUUUGUUCCCUGAAAAGUUUCAUAAUAUCAUUAAAGAGGAACAUGAUCAUGCAAACACAAAUCGAAAAUUAGUGGCACAACCACCAACGGCAACAACAAACCCUAUUGGGCACGCCGUGGAAGCCACGCAAAACGUAGCUGACUAUCAGCUGCCAUCACUUCAGGACAUAAUACCACCAGACAAUCUUGUAGCAGGUCGAAUCAAAUAUUUUUACUCAAAUUGGACACUAAUUACGUCAGAUCCUUGGAUUCUAUCCAUAGUUCAAGGGUACAAAUUUCCCUUUGUCUGUCAACCAAUACAAUGGAGACAAAGACAAACAAAAGCCAAGUCAAAAGAGGACUUAGCUUCGAUAAACGAAGCCAUCUCACAACUCCAGACAAAAGGUGCAGUAAAAGCUGUACAGGAGAAACUAAAUCAAUUCACUUCAACACUGUUCAUUGUGAAACAAACAACCAAAGAAAGGCCAGUCUUCAAUUUGAAGAAUCUCAAUCGGUUUGUCGAUUCUCAGCAGUUCAAGAUUGAGGGUCUGGAAGCAGUACGCAAACUUAUCCAAUCAGGCGACUUCAUAAUGAAGUUAGAUCUCCAAGACGCAUAUCUUUCGGUACCAAUUCAUAACAGUCAUAAGAAAUACCUACGGUUUGUCUUCCAAGGAAUAACUUACGAAUUACAAUGCCUACCAUUCGGGUUAUCCAGCGCCCCCAGGACUUUCACGAAACUGUUAAAACCAGUCAUAAUACUGCUCCGGAGACAAGGAAUUCGGAUAGUGAUAUACCUAGACGAUAUGCUUAUUCUGGACCAAAGUCCAGAGAGACUGUCGUCAAUCUUUCAGAGUGUUGUUGCUCUGUUACAACGUCUUGGUUUUCUCAUCAAGCAGGAGAAAUGCUCUCAAGCUCCCUCCCAGUGUCUAGAGUUCCUGGGAUCCUUGAUAAAUUCCAAGGAGAUGACGCAAGCCGUUCCAAACGAGAAACUCCAGAAUCUCCAAUUAGAGUGCAAGAAUGCGCUCAACAAUCGCUGGCUGACACUGAAAGAAUUCUCUGCUCUACUAGGCAGGAUGAAUCAAUGUUCGCAAGUGGGUCUGGUACAGGGUCCCUUGCAUUAUCGUGCACUACAGAGGCAACAUAUCAACAGCGUUCAUCGGAACGAAGGCUUCUGCAACAAAAUGCGAAUUUAUCUCACAAGAGAUUCGCUGAACGACCUCCAAUGGUCGACCUCGACCAAGAUUCCUCAGUUCAACAAAUGCCUAAUCUCCCUACCACCGUUCGACAUGAUCGUUUACACAGAUGCGUCCAAACGCGGAUGGGGAGCUCACUACAAUGGACGCACAACGGGGGGACGAUGGGACAUCCAAGAAUCCAGACAACACAUCAACAUUCUCGAAUUGAGAGCAGCCCUUCUGGGCAUUCGGUCCUUUCUGAUGUCACAAGUAAAGAUUCCACAACAUAUUGCUCUGCAGAUGGACAACUCUACAGCAGUAGCGUAUGUCAACAAGAGAGGGGGGACACGGUCGUCGACGUUAGCAGCCUUGGCAGUGGCAUUUUGGAACGUUUGUCAACAGAAAAGCAAAUGGGCUUCACGUCACUUCAACGAACGCACAGAGUGGACUCUGGACAGGUCGAUCUUUAUACGCAUAGUCACCAAGUAUUACACUCUGCAAGUAGACUUGUUUGCGUCCCGUCUAAAUCAUCAACUACCCCGCUAUGUUUCCCGACACCCAGACCCGGUUGCAAUGGGGAUCGAUGCGAUGAUGUUACAGUGGAACAAAUGGACAUCAUUCAUUCAUGCACCGAUUGUGAUGCUGCCUCGAAUUCUGAAGAAGAUACGCGAGGAUCAGGCAACCUGUCUACUAAUAGCUCCAAACUGGCCAGGUCAGUCUUGGUAUGCGUUACUACUGGAGAUGUUGGUGGACAUCCCUGCCAUUCUUCCAAUGUCGGAGAAGAGUCUAUAUCUCCCGUUCGACCUGGAAGCGCAACACCCGUUGUGGAAAACAAUGAAGCUAGUGGUAUGGCCUCUUUCAGGGAACGUUGCCGAGCAGGAGGCCUUCCACCGCAAGUUUGCGAAAUCCUUAUGGCCUCCUGGAGAGAAGGAACGAAAAAAGAUGUGUCACGGACUCAAUGUCUCCUUUCAGCGACUGUAG